ACACCGCCAUGGACUGACCUUACGUUAAAUUCAGAAACACAGAAAACGAUAAAUUUAUUUGUUGGAUCCACGUAUAACUUAAUGAAGGAUGAAGACUCUUUUAUAUCCAAUCCUAAUCAUGGAAUAUACCUAACGUUAUAG